AUGCCUCGCCUCCCUUUGCUGUUGCUUCUCUGGGGCACCAGCUCUUAUGCCUUCCCCGUGUUCCAAGAAGGACAUCGGCAAGAUGUGGAGACUGUCUGGAAAUACCUGGAAAACUACUACAACUUGGGCAAUGACACAGAAGUUAAAAACCUGAGUGGCAAGGAGUUGAUGGCUGAAAAGCUGAAGGAAAUGCAGCAAACAUUUGGGUUGAAAGUGACUGGAAAGUCAGAUCCUGAAACCCUGAGAGUGAUGAGUAACCCCAGGUGUGGGGUGUCCGAUGUGACGCCGGAAGCCAUUAAUUCCAACAAUCCGCGCUGGACAAAAACACAUCUGACAUACAGUAUUUUAAACUACACACCACUUUUGCCAAGAGCAGUUGUGGACCAGUCCAUUGCGAAAGCCUUCAGAGUCUGGAGUGAUGUGACCCCACUAACAUUCUCCAGGGUCUUUGAUGAGGAAGGAGACAUUGUGCUUUCUUUCUAUCGUGGAGACCAUGGUGACAACAACCCUUUCGAUGGGCCUUUGUAUCGCCUUGCUCACGCUUUUCAGCCAGGCCCAGGGAUUGGGGGCGACGUUCACUUUGAUCUUGAUGAGAGGUGGACUGACACCAGUGAAAAUUUCAACUUGUUCUAUGUUACGGCUCAUGAAUUGGGCCACUCCCUUGGACUCACUCAUUCCAAUGAUAUAGGGGCACUAAUGUUCCCCAGCUAUACAUGGUACGUUGACGACUUUGUGCUAAACCAGGAAGAUAUUAAUCGCAUUCAGGCUUUGUACGGACCUUCUCCAAAUCCCAUCCAGCCAACAGGUGCUACAACCCCCAGACUGUGUGACAGUCCUCUAAGCUUUGAUGCAAUAACUACAUUUCGGGGAGAAGUGAUAUUCUUUAAGGGCAGGUUCUACAUCCGUGUAAGUAGAGCUAUGCCAGAACCGGAGCUCAAUUUGAUAGGUAUACUCUGGCCAGCUCUGCCAGGUAAACUUGAUGCUGUUUACGAAGUUAGUAUGGCAGAUAAAGCCUACUUUUUCAAAGGCAAUAGAGUGUGGGCUGUUCGUGAGCAGAGUGUACAGGAAGGAUUCCCCACGGACAUCUACAGCUACUUUGGCUUCCCUAGCAGCGUGACACACAUUGAUGCUGCUGUCUGUGAGGAAGAGACUGGAAAAACAUACUUCUUUGUUGAUGACAAGUACUGGAGGUAUGAUGAAUAUAAUAAGACCAUGGAUUCAGGUUAUCCCAAAUUAAUAGCAGACGACUUCCCUAGAGUUGGCAAUAAAGUUGAUGCUGUUUUCCAGAACAAAGGAUAUUUUUAUUUCUUUCACCAGUCAACUCAAUACAGAUUUAACCUCCAAACAAGAAUGGUUGAUGCUAUCCGUCAUUCUAACACCUGGUUCAACUGCUAA